CGAUACGAAUGAGAGUUUGCAUUUAACUUCAUUUUGGUUAAAGCUAAACGGUGAGUUGAAACGCGUGGACAACGUUGUCAAUUGUGAAUUUUGUAAAACAAUAAUAUAUUUUAUAUAAAGGGUGCAUACAAUUGUAUGUACAAUUUAUAUUAUUUACACAUAUUUCAAAGAAUUAGACACCAACCAAAUAACAAAAAUGGCAGAUACAGCAAUGGACAACUCAGGCAGACUUGUGAAGAUGGAAGUGGACUACAGCAGCACUUGUGAUACCAAAAUUCCAGAAUGCAAGAAACUCGCUUCUGAAGGAAAGUUACACGAUGCUUUAGAUCAAUUACUGGCCUUAGAAAAACUCACCAGAACUGGUGCUGAUAUGACAUCAACAUCGAGACUUCUUGUAGCCAUAGUUGAAAUUUGUUUAGAAGCAAAAAAUUGGUCAGCACUUAAUGAACAUAUAAUCUUAUUAUCCAAAAGACGUUCUCAGCUUAAACAGGCUGUUACCAAGAUGGUUCAAGAAUGUUGUACUUAUGUAGACAAAACACCUAAUAAAGAGACUAUGGUAAAACUAAUAGAAACUCUUCGUUCAGUCACAGAAGGAAAGAUAUAUGUAGAAGUGGAAAGAGCCAGACUCACUCAUCGUUUAGCCAAAAUAAAAGAGGUAGAAGGAGACAUUGCAGGUGCUGCAACUGUAAUGUUAGAAUUACAGGUGGAGACAUAUGGUAGCAUGUCACGUCGGGAAAAAGUUUCUUUGAUCUUGGAACAAAUGAGACUCUGUCUGGCAAAACAAGAUUUUAUGAGAACGCAAAUUAUAGCAAAGAAAAUCAAUGUCAAAUUCUUCAGUGAUGAAAAUGAUGAUGAAACUCAGGCUUUAAAGUUAAAAUAUUAUGAUUUGAUGAUGGAAUUGGCUCGCCACGAAGGUUGGCAUUUAGAAUUGUGUCGCCAUAAUAGAGCAGUAUUAGAAACUCCAGCGAUUCGAGACGACUCCGAGAAGAGGCAUACCGCACUUUCUCGCGCAGUCCUGUAUCUUGUCCUUGCUCCACACGAACCUGAGCAGGCUGAUUUAACCCAUAGAUUACUCGCCGACAAACUUCUCGAUGAGAUUCCUACAUACAAGGAGUUAUUGCGGUUGUUUGUAAAUCCUGAGUUAAUAAAAUGGUCGGGAUUAUGUGAGAUUUAUGAAAAAGAUCUCAGAUCAACCGAAGUUUUUUCUGCUGGAACUGAAGAAGGGCGUAAACGAUGGACAGACCUUCGAAAUCGUGUCGUAGAACAUAAUAUAAGAAUUAUGGCCAAAUAUUAUACCAAGAUCACAUUAACUCGCAUGGCUGAGUUAUUAGACCUUCCUGCUGAAGAAACUGAAGCAUGUCUCUGCAACCUUGUGGAGACUGGUGUUAUUAGCGCACGUACAGAUCGUCCAGCUGGGGUGGUUCGUUUUACUGGCACACAAGAACCAGCUGCUCUUUUGGACACAUGGGCUGCAUCAUUGUCGAAAUUGAUGGGUCUCGUGAAUCAUACAACACAUUUAAUUCAUCAAGAAGAAAUGUUAGCUGUUGCACAAUCUUAAAAUUGAUAUGAAAAAAAAAUAUAUAUAUAUAUAUCAUGCAGAUAUAUAAUGCCAGUGUUUCUUACGUAAUUGAACUUUAUUCUUAUUCAAUAUUAGCUCUACCUGUUAUUUAUGCAGAUUUAUUAAAUCGAUUAAAUUCA